AAAGAGCAUAAAUGUUUUCAAAAAGCACUCCACAAACCACUUCUUUAAAGUACUUUCGAAAUUCUCCCUGUCUUAAGGAACAGGCAGCAACUGUUCCAGUUCUACCCUGCAGAAUCAUAAAAUAAAGCUUCCCCAUCACACUUGAAGCUAUUCCUCAUCCCCCCAUCUUCAAUGGAUUCUUCAAAUUGCUGGACAAGUUCCAAGGCAUAUACAUAUAUACCAACAUAAAACUGAAUAUAGUGUCUCAGAAUUAUAAGCUGAGAAUGUCAGCUUGUCAUCAAAGAGCUGCUUCUAUGAAGAGCCUAAUAAGUGAGAUACCAGAGGAGGAAACAGUCACAAUCUCUGUGGAUCUUGUAGCUGCUGCUAGGAGGAAUCUUUCAUUCCUGAAACUCAUGGCAGAAUCUCUCUGCCUCCACCAAACUCCUGCCCUUCUUGAAUCCAUCAGAAGAUAUGAUGAGCUAUGGAUGCCCUUGAUAUCUGACCUUACUACUAAUGGAUUGACACCUCCUAUGAUUCUCCCUCCACCUGAUAUUGAAUGGGUUUGGCUCUGUCACUCAUUAAACCCUGCUAACUAUAGGAAAUAUUGCGAGUCAAAGUUCUCAAAACUCAUUGGAAAGGCAGCCAUAUUUAGUGAAGAAAUUAGAGAUUAUGCAUUGAAAAGAUGCAGAGAAUUUUGGCUUAGUAGGUACCCAGAUGAGCCUUUUGAGAAUGAAUGUGAUUCGGAAAGGCCAAUUUCCAGUGUUCAGGAAGAUCUGAUGGAGGAAGUGUCCAAGCAGAGAUUUUUGUACACUAAAUUCACCGAGCCGUAUUACUGUGAGAUUGUAUAUUUGAUAGCAGCAAGGCAACGGUAUAAAAGGUUUCUGUAUAUGUUGCAUAGGUUUGCUCAUAAAAGCUCCAGAUUAGUGCCAACUUCAGAUAUUCUCUUGAUGUGGUUGAUCCAUCAGAGCUAUCCAACAGUGUAUGCAUUUGAUACCAAGGAGUUAGAGGAGGAACUUAGCAAAUUAGUCGGCACAUGGAAGGUUGUAAAGGAACUAGAGAUAGAAGAAACGAAGAAACUUUGGGAGAGAAUAUUUGAGCAACCAUAUGAGAAAGCUGGUGGUGCCACCACAUUCAUUGGAAGGGAUAUAGAUAAGUUGGUCAAGCCACUUAUGCAAUGGGAAGUUACUAAGACCGAUGUCAACGCCAAAUACAAGUCCAUGCUGCCCAGAUUCUUACUCGAGCUCUGCAUAAUGGUGAAACUAAGGACUACAUCACCACAGUUGGACAUAACGGACGAGUUUCUACGGGUUGGAUGUGUAAGAUGCCACAAAGAGCUAAAACUGGAUAUACCCAUAUCUAACUUCACCGCAGACACGUGGCAGAAAGCCGGCCAUCUCUACUGCGAAUUUGGAACCAAAGGGACAACUCUUGAGCUUCGUAAACGCAGUCGUGGCUCAUGCUGCAUCCUGGGGGGAAGUAGGCUGACAGAAGGCGGUGUAAUGUUUCUUUGGAACGAUUUGUUACGUUCACCCGGUCUUGCGCUGAUAAGAGAAUUUGAUCAGAAUAUAUGGGUAGCUGCAUCAAUCACUCCACCAGCUCAGGCACCUUACUUAUUGAAAUGUGUCCCAGAUCGAGUUACGGAUGAUUCAGGUGCAAUGAUAUCAGAUGUUAUUUUGAGGAUGAACCGCUACAGGCCCCAAGAAGGUAGAUGGUUGUCACGUACGGUUUUAGAUCAUGCGGGCAGGGAGUGUUUCGUCAUUCGAAUGAGAAUUGGGGAAGGGUUUUGGAGGAGAGGUGCGGAAAAACCUUCUGCUGUGAAAUGGGAAGAUAGGAUUUUGGAAGUGCGUGAAGGUUGUUGGUCCUAUUUUGCCGGUUCCAUUGGUAGAGUUCCAGUGCAGAGAAAAUUGUAGGGAUUGCUACGCCAAAGGAACCACCAGAUGGAUCACAUGCUUUAUGGAACUUUUCUACAGGUGAUGAGCUGUUAGUACAAAAGGGAUCACCAAACCAGGAUUUUCAAUUCACUUUUUGUCUCAAAACAGACCAACAAUCUCCAUAUGCAACGGUAAAGUUGCUUGAAGGGAGGAAAAUGGAGUAUGAGGUGAUGAAGACUGAUACAAUCACUGAAGGAGCAGACCAUUCAGAAAAACCUGUUACACAGGAAGUGUACGAUGAAGAGGAAGACGGCUUUUUGACUGUAGUUAGAUUCUCGGAGGAUAAUCCAACAGGAAAAGCCACUGCACUUCUAAACUGGAGGCUUCUGACCCUUGAGUUUUCACCGGAAGAAGAUGCAGUGUUGCUACUUCUUUUAUGCAUAUCAAUAGCCAAAAGUGUUUCCGAAAUAAGGAAGGAAGAUGUCGGGAGGCUGCUGAUCAGGAAGAGAAUAAAUGAGGCAAAGUUGGGGAAGAGAGAUUGGGGCUCUGUCAUCAUCCACCCUUCAUCUUUUUAUUUGUCUUCAUUCUCUCCUUCUGUCUAUUCGCCUCAUGUUCGGCCUUGGUACUGGCAUGCUAAGGCCGUGAUGGGCUCACAAGACAUAUAUAAUGUCUCGAGUCAUUCUGCUCUUCCAUUGUCAAAUUAUCAGGCUGAAGGAGGCGAUAACUUGUACAAGUGUGGAAUUAUAAGCUAAAUUAACUUUCAAGACUUCGGCAGAUGCCUCGUCAGCUUUUACAUUGAAGAGGCAUUUUGCAGCAGUAAAGUAAAGCUGUGGGAAAUGUUUUUUGAGUGAAUGGGUCGUGUUGUGGUUUGUGUGAAUAAAACUUGGUUUCUGCGAAUUCCAUUUAUGGAGUUUUGAGCUAAAGUUCUAGUUUGGUUUGUUGAGCAAUAAAGAAACUCAAAGUUCA